UGCGAAGGCAACCGGAAAGGGAAAAGAACGUCAGCUGACAGUACUCUGUGUCUAGUUGAGUGUUGCCUGACAGUUUAAAGGCCUUUCAUGAGUGAUUAAAAACCCACACGUUAGGGGGAAAGUAAGCUAUGUUACGACCAAAGGCGCUGACGCAGGUUCUCAGCCAAGCGAACACCAACGGAGUCCAGAGCACACUCCUGUUGAAUAAUGAAGGUUCCCUUCUGGCCUACUCCGGCUACGGAGACACUGACGCACGAGUGACGGCUGCCAUCGCCAGCAACAUCUGGGCGGCCUACGAUAAGAACGGCCACCAGGCCUUUAACGAGGACACGCUCAAAUUCAUACUCAUGGAUUGUAUGGAGGGAAGAGUGGCCAUCACUCGCGUCGCCAACCUGCUGCUGUGUAUGUACGCCAAAGAGACGGUGGGCUUUGGGAUGCUUAAAGCCAAGGCAGAGGCUCUGGUGCAGUACCUGGAGGAACCGUUGACCCAAGUGGCUGCGUCGUAGUAGAGAAGUGACGACUCUUGUCUGCCUGGAACAAAAGCAUCACAUGAAUCAGGCCAUUCAUGGACUACUGUAACAUUCUGUGUACAUGCAUUAAUAUAUGAUUGUGUGUGUGUGAGAGUGAGUGUGAGAGGUGGGGGGCAGCGUAUUUAUAAUGAUGAUAUUAAAACUAAUGUGUGUGGGUUUAUAACACUUUGUCUUCCCUCAUGUCUUCAUAUUGACAUCCUCUGUCAAUAUGAAGUCAGAGUGUGCGGCUGCUGGGAUGUUUUCCAUUUGUCAACUGUUCCCGCGGUUCAUUCAAACAUAUCUAGUUUUAGUUCAUUCUUUGCCGAUCCCGGUUGAUUUGAAAAUGUAACAUUUUGAACCCUGUCAGAGGAAUAAAAUGAUUUGUGCAGAACUUCCACGAGAAAGUCUGUCUGAUAAAAUGCAGUGAAGAUUCCGCCAUUUUAUUUCAAAGCUGUCAAAUAAAACCUUUUUGGGGAAUAAUA